GUGGAUCUCGAAGCGAAGAAAACAGCAAAAUGGUGUGUUUACCCUGUAUUAUGUACGCUAUCGUGCCGUUCUUUAUAUGGAUCUGGCACAAAUAUUUUCAACCAUACUACAAUAAGGUGUGGGGAACCAAAAAAGCAGUGACUGAAACAACGACGGACACCACGACAGGGAAAGAGAAAGUGUCAGAAAAAGGGAUUGCUAAUGGUGUUGCAGCCACAGGGGAAGGUGCAGGAGGAGACAAAAAGAACGAUUAGCACAAGUCCAGGCAGAAAUCAACUCAACAGAAAGACAUUAAACAUCACCAAAGCUGAUGUUCAUUCAGUGACCCAAUACACAAACUGUUACCUAUGAAAUUAUGUUUAUUUAAUCCAAUACAAGUUUCAAUACAUUUACUAUAUGUACACAUGUAUGUAUUCACGUCUGUAGUGAACUUUGAUGCUGAUCUUGAACUUUGAUCUUUAUAUGCAUAAAUGUUUUGUAUAAGUGCAAUGUGGUAUAAUAAUACUUUCAUAAAUAAUAAAUUAACCGUUUAUCUAUAGUUUA